AUGACACUAGCCCUCCAGCGUCCACCACCCCCCCCCCGCAACGGGCCGGGCCUACGUACCCCGCCGGCUUCGCGCUCGCGCCCCCCGCCCGCGCAGGGCUGGGCGGGGCCGGUGCUGAGGCGCGGGCGGCGGUGGCUGCGGGAGCAGCGGCGGCGGCGGGUACCCGGUGCCCCGUAUCCCCGAGGCAGUCGACUGCGCCACCCCCACCCGCUCACGGCCGGGUGGAACCGGCGCCAGAAACGAAGACCUCCGCGGGCCCACGGCGACUUAACCACUGCCGCGACUACUCCGGACUCGUCCGCGGAGUUUGCCUGCCGCGCAGACGAAGGGAAGAAAGAGGGCCGAGGAAAGAAGGGCUUGGAGGAAGGGUCCCGAGCGGCUGGGUCGGCAGUGUGGGGAGAGUGCGCGCGGGGUGCGGCGCCCAGGUGCCCCCUGGGCUCCAGGAGCAGCGGGUCCCUGCCGUACUGUUCGCCGAGUAGCCCGGUCGGGCCAGGAGAAUUUGUGCAACCGCGGAGAACACCAAGUGCCAGUCUCACGGGGCGUGCCAGGCCGCCUCCCGGCGCGCCCUCCGCACUUUCACUGCCUGAUCGUCAUCUCGAGCUCUUCUGCUCGGGUGCCAGCCAGCGCCCGGCCGAAGGCGCUGCACGGACCUGCUGGGGUCUCCCUGAAGAUCGCCAGGUGUGUGCGGGGUUAGUCAGGGGCUCCAUACCACCUGCACCUCGUCCGCGGCCGGCGCCCAGGGAAAAACCCGGAGAGGAGGAGGACCGGGAGAAGAGCAAAGGAAACCAGCCCGCCUGGAUUUGUUUGCCUGGGACCGGCGCCGCGCUCGCAGUUUGCCGAGGGGAGCGCGGCCGGAGUCACCACGCCCCCGCCUCCCUGUCCGGGCGGCCGAGGCCCCCGGGUUGGAGCGCAGCCCCACGCCCUCUUCCCGGGCGCCGUCGUCGUCGCGUAGGUUCUCGGUGCAGCCGGGCCCGGGGUGCCCCGCGAUGUGGCCCUGAGCUCGGGAUACCGCACCGGCGGGAACGGGAGCAGCCGGGCGCCGAGUGGCCAGUGCGCCCCGCCAAGCGCGACCCCCGUGCUCCCGGCUUCUGCUUGGUUCCCCGGCUUAAUUUUCCUUGGCGGGAUUAA